AUGGAGCCUCGAGAUUCGUUUUCAGCUUUACAGCUGCACUGCAUUGCAAGUGCGAGGACAAAUCUCGCAGAACUUGCAGCUGCCUUCCCUGGCAGGGGACAGUUGGACACGUUGCUAUCCGUGCGCGACGACGAGAUGUUCCUGAAAGUCUGUUGUGAUCGCCACCAGGAGGAUGCCAAGGGCAUGCCCUUCCUAUGCUGGCCCGAGUUUGGGGCUGGGCCAUGUGGCGGAUACUGGCAGUGUUGCUUCAGCAAGCUUCGCGUCUACCUGCAUGAGCCAGCUGGCGUCGAGAGCAUACUCGCCCCGUGGAUGCGCCGCAGAUUAGAUCAGGACUUCGGCAUGUACGAGUCGCAGAUGGCAACAAGACCAAGACUCCCCUCGUUGAACAGCACUCUCAAUGCCGAGCUGUGCCGUGUGUGGAUGCCUGGACCUGCUGGAGACACAGGCCUGUGUCCCCAAAGGCCUGCUCCAAGGUACAGAGGUGUUUGCAACGAUCGUUGGGUGUCGACGCUGGACACCGUCUUGAAGGUGAUCCUGUGGAACGUGCCGGCGACUUCAUGGCCAGAACAGGGCUUCUCUUUUGAGCUCCAGUCCUUGAGAAAUCUACCACCUAAGGCAGGUCUUCCGGACAAUCUCGGCACGGUGCAUCCUGCACCGCUUUGGCCAGAGGGUUUGCUUCGUCGCAUGCACGACUUCCCAGGGCUUUCCUUUCCCCCGAUUUUCUGCUUCUCCGCCCUGCCCUUCGUAAGGGAGGGCGUCGUUCUGAUUCCUUCAGAGAUUUUGGGCUCGGACAAGCAGCUCGCGAGCCUGGCUCGCACCAACGAGCUGCGCUUCGAAAAGCCUUACACUUCCAGCAAACCUUCCCUUCUCUGGCGGGGGUCGAUAGGUGAUCCGCAGUCCCUCGAGGACCACACUGCAUUCCUCCUGCGAUCCCACAACCUUACUGACCCGCAAGCCCGGGAAGCCCUGAAGGCAGCGGUUCAUCGGGCAUGUCAGAUUGAGAUGCGCGGGAAGUACGUGGCGAUGAGCAUGGAUUUUCCGGAUAUCUUAGAUUGCAAAUUCUCGUGUGGGCGCCAUCGGACUCUCGAGGUAUGGCCGCGGCUGGCAGAGCUCUUGGGUUCAUUGGGGCUGCUGGUUGAUCGUAUGCCACUGAAGGAUUUUCUGGACUUCCGUUUUGGGGCCAUUCUAGAUGGUUGGUCGUUUGCUCGCAACACGGUGCUCACCCUCGCACUGGACUUGACUCCCUUCCGAGUGGAGACCUAUUUGCAAUGGUGGUAUCACGAAGGCCUUCAGCCGUGGGAGCAUUAUGUUCCUCUUAAGUCUGAUGUUUCAGUCGCGGAUGUACGGGACAAGGUGAGAUGGGCAACGGCAGAGACCGCGGUUGCGGAGCGCAUCGCUCGUUCUUCCACAGCCUUCGCGAUGCGCUGGUUCCCGGAGCCCAUGCAGAUGGCUUAUGUCGCAGCAGCCCUGAUGCGCUACUCGCGGACUUUUUCAACUGGCGGGGCUGUCUCGGGCCUGGAGGAGAUUUUCAGAAGCAAGGCCUUGAGGUGA